AUGGAGGCCACCAGGUGGGUUGGGUCUUUUCCCUCCCUAAAAUCCUCCUAGCCAUCUUCCUCCAGCUCAAGCUCUCUCAUGGCAGCUGACUGACGUGAGGAACUGUGAACAGGAAGAUGAGAUUUGAGAGGGUGACCAGGGACCUGAAGGUAACCCGGGUGUUCUUCACGCUGACGGAGGAGAUGAAGGCCAUCGGCAUGGGGGGCGGAGACGACGCCCGCUGCACGGAGGUGAUGGUGCCGGCGGCGCUGAGCGAGCGGAGCCCCGUCCUCCUGCUCAUGGGCGGCGGGAUGGGCGCCGGGAAGAGCACCGUUCUCAAGGACAUCCUCCAGGAGUGAGCCGUGCUCGUGGCCAGCGCUUGACGCCUCAUCCGCGGUGUUCCCCGUUGACCUCGCUUCUUCGCCGUCGCGCAGGUCCUUCUGGGCGGGUGGCGCUGGCUCCAAUGCCGUGGUCGUCGAGGCCGACGCCUUCAAGGAGUCCGACGUCAUCUACCGCGCCCUCAGCUCCCGCGGCGAUCACCAUGACAUCCUACAGACUGCCGAGCUGGUAAACAGAGUUCCCCCCCCCCCCCUUCUCUGUCUCUGUCUCUCUGAGUACAUAUCUGAGAUAAUAUAUGCAGAAAAACUAAAUAAGUAAAUAUUCACGUCACAUUUGUUGGGAGCACCUGCUUCACUUGAGGCCAGGAAUCUGGGCCCGUUGACUUGGCCCUCCAGAAGUUGGGCCGGCCAUCAGCGCGCCGCCUCCGUCCAGUGAUGCAGAAGACCUGAGGGAUUUUCUGCAGGUUCACCAGUCGUCGACGGACGCGGCGUCGUCGCUACUGGUGACGGCCCUCAACGAGGGCCGGGACGUGAUCAUGGACGGAACCCUCUCGUGGGAGCCUUUCGUGGAGCAGACCAUCGCCAUGGCCCGGGCAGUCCACCGCCACCGCUACCGCAUGGGGGUUGGCUACAGCGUCCAGGACGACGGCUCCGUCAUCGAGAACUACUGGGAGCAGGUUGCCGAGGAGGAGGAAGACAACUGCGGUGGCGACCAGAGGAGGAAGCCAUAUAGAAUAGAGUUGGUGGGUGUCGUGUGCGACACCUAUCUCGCCGUCGUGAGAGGGAUCAGGUCGUCUUCCAGCCGGAAAAAACCUAGAACAGGAGGACACAUCGCCGGCGUGGCUCAUUUCUCUAACCAGUCGGUAUCUGAAAAAUCUCAGGCGGGCUAUACUCACCAAGCGGGCGGUGAGGGUGAAGUCGCAGCUCAAAUCCCACCGGAGUUUUGCGAGGGCCUUCCCCAAGUACUGCCAGCUCGUAGACAACGCCAGGCUCUACUGCACCAACGUCAUGGCAGCGCCGCCCCAGGCCAGCAAACUUCUGAACCCUCAGCCACCCCGUAGUUCACUUGGCCGGAGAUGGAUUCCCUGACAUUUUUUCCCUGAAUGCAGCUGAUAGGCUGGAAGGACGGCACCAGCGGCUUGCUGAUAGACCCCGAGGAGAUCGGUUGCCUGCACAGGGUGGCGGCGCUGAACGAGGACGCCGACAACGCCUGCGAGCUCUACGCGCCGCUCGGCGGGCUGCCGUCCGUCUUGGCCGACGCCGUCCUCUCGCCGUCGAGAGCUGCGGUUCAAGAAGAUAUCCGAACCGCCGUCGAGAAGAUAGAGAAUCAGUAG